GGAGUGAAUUAAAAUAAGUCUUUUCAAAACUUUUAAUUUCCUUAGCCCUCAACAAGGAGAAUGUUCUGGGGAGGUGACCAGAGGGCCAAAAGCCAUGGCGUAAAAUUUGUUGAAUUUAGCCCCCUGGUUCUUACCAGGGUUUAAAAUGGACGAUGCUCACCACCAAGGGUUUGGACCAUCUUCUACGUCACCACUCACGUGCCCAACAUUACUCCCGGAGAUUCGAACUCGGGACUCCUGAAAACCUAGAAAUAAUAACCGAGGGCUCGAGGUUUUAAGCCCCCACCCGCGGCCCCAAUGUGACCCUGGUCUUUUUAAAAACAUUUAUUCCCACCCUACUAUUUUUGCCUUUGAAUUUCUUCGCCUGAAAUUUUACAGGCGCGCCUUCGAGACUGUAAAAUCUCCCGCCUCCGCUUGCGCAGCGUCUCAAAGUUCUUCAUUUCUUUAGUCGCAGGGAUUUCCAGGCCUAAGAGUCUUGUAGAAAGUGUCAAAAUCACUUCGCAAUAAUUUAAGGGGUCUUUGUAUUUUUGCUCUAGGUUUUAGUUCGGUUUAAGUUGGGGUUUAAUUUAAUAAGGUGAGUUUAAUAUAAGAGAUGGAAGGUGGUUCGGGGCAAUACAAUCCGCGCACAGUGGAAGAAGUAUUUAAAGAUUUUAAGAGCCGCAGAGCUGGAAUAAUAAAAGCCCUUACAACAGAUGUGGACGACUUUUAUCAGCAAUGCGACCCGGAGAAAGAGAACUUAUGCCUUUAUGGAUUUCCAAAUGAGUCAUGGGAAGUCAAUCUUCCUGCUGAAGAGGUACCUCCAGAGCUUCCUGAACCUGCCUUGGGAAUCAACUUUGCAAGGGAUGGAAUGCAAGAAAAGGACUGGAUAUGUUUGGUUGCUGUUCACAGUGAUGCAUGGCUUCUUGCUGUUGCGUUUUAUUUUGGUGCAAGAUUUGGAUUUGAUAAAAAUGACAGGAGGCGACUUUUCAGCAUGAUUAAUGAACUUCCAACAAUAUUUGAGGUUGUAACUGGGAUGGCAAAACGUCCAGUGAAAGAAAAAUCUACUGGUACAAACAGUAGUAGUAAAAGCAAGGCAGGGGGAAAGAUGAGAUCAUCUGAAGUUCAGAUGAAAAUGUUGAAGACGCCACCACCUAAGGAUGAGGAUGAUGAAGAUGAUGAAGAGGAUGAAGAUGAGCAUGGAGAUACCCUGUGUGGUGCUUGUGGAGAAAAUUAUGCAUCUGACGAAUUUUGGAUCUGUUGUGAUAUUUGUGAGAAAUGGUUUCAUGGUAAAUGUGUGAAGAUUACUCCAGCCAGGGCUGAACAUAUCAAACAGUAUAAAUGCCCAUCCUGCACCAGCAAUAAAAGGGCUCGAAGUUGAAGAUAAAAAAGUGUUUUCUUUUUAGUGUCUUAGUCAACAGUUGUAAACCCCUUGAUGGUUUCAGAAGAAUGGUGAUUGCAAGCCCAAAGUGUUUGUGUGCAUUGUAGCAGUUUGAAGGAAAUUUCCUCAGGUGGCUGCAAAUGAAACCAUUCGAGGAAAAAAGUGUUAUAUAUAGCCUCUGUAUGAAUAGUGGUUAGUUCUUUGUGUGAUGUUUCAUUCUUAGUUUUUUCUUCCUUUGUUUUAAGGUUAAUUACAUGCAAAUGCUGUAAUAUUUUUUCAGUCUGGUACUGUAUAAUAGCUAUUUUGCUGAAUGCUCAAACAGGGUUCAUGGUGCAUGUGUUAGUCUAUAUAAUUUUGUCCACACCCACACUUGACACAUGUAGCAGGUUGAUUUCUUGCAUGUUAAAUAUAUUAGGGAAUACCAAGUUAUGUUGUAUAAAAGGUGCAUUUAAGAUUGUAAGUGCUUUGUGGAUUAA